GGCUUGCUUUUGUGGUUCGAGGCGAUGAAUGAAUGAGGCGAACAUUUAUAUCCUUUUUCUGGUUCUUUAGUCGUCAAUUGCACAUAGUCUGCUGCAUGGUCAACUCAAUCGGGCAAGGAGUUAAUUCAAGAACGAGUCAGUGUGUACCUGAAUUCGUUGUUAUUUUCUUGAAGGCACCAAGUAGGCGUACACGCCCAAGCGUGCUGCCGCAGUGCCCAAACACAGGAAGCAUAACAACAGCUUGACUAUGGUUUUCGUCCUUCAUCGUUUGUAAGUUCUUUCCGUCCUUCCUCCUACUUGGAAGCCAAGAAAGGUAAAAAGUCGGGGAAGAUAUGAACGGCUUGGGAAGCAGAUGGCUAUCAAUAUCUUCCUGAUAAGUGGUAACUGGCUGUCUGAAACUCGGUGGUCCACGGAAGGAAGACGACGGACAAUGUUGCAACGAUAUCAUUUCCAGAGAGUAAUGCAAGGUGGCAGCCGUAUCCUCUACGGGCAAGCCGGCAAGCAGAUGCCUCGCCGGAAAGUACAUAAUUCAAUACCAGACAGAGGAGCGCUCUCGAUUUACGACUUCUAUCGCGAAGUCCGCUUCGAGUUAGUGGAGCUGUACACCAUCCAAAAGCUCGCCAACAGCCUCUCCCACGUCGUCCCUCUCUGGAUUCGCUUCUUUUCGCACGACUGCCGUCCUCCACAGAAUAAUCAGCCUUUUUCUGUUCGGUUCUUGUGUCUAGGGGAGAGAAAAUGGUUGUUCCUCAGAAGUAAUAACUCAGAAAGUUUUCCUGGUGUCUUGGCUCGCUUGCGGGAGUGCGAAACAUACUGGAGUCGAGAAAAAGGGUUUCCGGAUGAGGCAUCGGCUAUCAAGUACUCUGUAGGAAGGUUGGGAACUUUGGCGCCAUCGAGGCCGGCUGGAGGAGUUCUUCCCCCACUCUCCCUCUCAUGUUCCGAUGGCGUGAUUGUUCUCGUCCACCCCUCCCUGCUCCAGAUGCCUUCUUCCUCAUGAAGCUCGGAUGGAGACUGCUGAGUGGAAUCAAUGUUUACGGCUGGCUCCAGCCUCCAGUAUCAGGGACUUGGUCGCUGGCUACUCGAUCAAACCUGGACCUGUUACUCUAGGGUGCUCCCCGAGCCAUGGCCAAGCUGUGCGGAUGUCGUCCUGCUCAGGGCGUGGCUGACAAGAAUAUGUUCCUUUAGCUUGUUGCCCUUAUAAACAUUUUUAUUGGCGUGAGCUGGGGAUCGUGAGACGAAGACCAUUUUAACGGUACUGCAUUCAGGUUCAGUGGGGUCCAUUACACGAAUCGAGGGCAAUCCGGAGCACAAGCACCUAUGUCUGAAGUUGUAUGGAUAAUGUUCAUUUUUGAUUGGUUGAAAGGAGAGGACGUGGCAGAAAGGUAACCAGUUUAUAGCCGACUCUUUGAAUACCUAACGGUGGGGAUCCGCUGUCACAAUGGUAGAGCGGGAAUCACCAAAUUUAUUCUUUUUGAAGCUUUAGCAUUCAAAUAAUAAAUCUUUUCUUCUGGUCGUUAUUUCUGGUUAUUUGCUUUUGCCCUUUUGUACUGGCCUUGCAAGCGGUCGUCGGUGCCGGAAAUUGUUACAGAAAAAUGGAGUUACGGUUGGUUCCUGCAACUUCUGGCUCCUUCCUCAAGGGUAGUCUGCAGGCCUUUCCUAUCAGGAGUUCUCACCAUCUGGGCCGAUCUUGCUGUCUCUUGUUCCACAAGAGACCCCUAACGCUUCUUCAACUCCGUCUCGUUCCCCGUGGCCUUAGCACUACGAUUUCGUGCCUGAGGGAAGAACGGGACGACGUUAUUUCGACAGUUGAACGGUCGGAUAAAGUUUCAGCGGUUUUAUUCGACAUGGAUGGCGUCCUAUGCAACAGUGAAGAGCCCUCGAGGCAGGCCGCCGUGGACUUGUUUGCGGAGAUGGGAGUGGAAGUGACCACCGAAGAUUUCGUGCCCUUCAUGGGAACCGGUGAGGCAAACUUCUUGGGUGGUGUGGCUUCUUCCAAAGGGAUGAAGAACUUCGAUCCUCAGGCUGCAAAAAGCCGCUUCUUUGAGAUAUACCUUGACAAGUAUGCAAAGCCCAACUCUGGCAUUGGAUUCCCUGGUGCCCCUGAACUCAUCAUGCAGUGUAAAAGAAAUGGCCUUAAAGUUGCUGUUGCAUCUAGUGCUGAUCGCAUCAAGGUUGAUGCAAAUUUAGCUGCUGCAGGCUUAUCACCAUCUAUAUUUGAUGCUAUUGUGUCAGCAGAUGCAUUUAAGAAUUUAAAACCUGCGCCAGACAUAUUUUUAGCUGCAUCAAGACUUCUGGAGGUUCCUCCUGAGGAGUGCAUUGUUAUUGAAGAUGCACUUGCUGGAGUUCAAGCUGCAAAAGCUGCAAACAUGAGAUGCAUUGCAUUGUCAACCACACUGCCGAAGGAUAUUUUGGGGGAGGCUGGACCAUUGCUUAUUAGAGAAGAGAUAGGAAAAGUUCUACUGGAAGACAUUCUUGGCAAUAGUUUAUCGGACAAGAAGAAUUGGAAUUCAUUAGGUGCUAGUCCCAUGAUAGACAAUCAUGUGGGAAAAGUCAAUGGCUCAAUCGAGGAUGAUGCUGUUGAUGCGGAAAUCCUUUCAAAUGGGGUGUUUCAGGGUUCUAGAAGACAAAUUUUGAGAUAUGGAAGCUUGGCUGUUGCUGUGUCUUGUCUUUUAUUUGCUGUGUCACGUUGGAAGGCAAUGCAGUAUGCAUCUCCUAAAAGUAUUUUGAAUUUGUUAUUUGGUUCCAGCGAUCCCUUCCUGACACAAAGUGAUGGUGAGUCUGAGCCUAGGACAAAACAACUUAUCAAAUAUAUAUCUGAUUUAGAAGUCAGAGGUAACAGUGUGCCGGAGUUCCCCUCUAAGCUCGAUUGGCUGAAUUCCCCUCCACUUAAAUUUUCGAAGGACCUACAGGGGAAGGUAGUUUUGCUGGAUUUUUGGACGUAUUGCUGCAUAAAUUGUAUGCAUAUCUUACCUGAUUUGGACUUUCUGGAGAAGAAAUACAAGGACAAACCGUUUGUCGUUAUUGGAGUUCAUUCUGCAAAAUUUGAUAAUGAGAAGGACCUUGAAGCCAUCCGAAAUGCAGUGCUUCGUUAUGAGAUCAUGCAUCCAGUAGUAAAUGAUGGUGAUAUGUAUUUAUGGAGAGAAUUAGGAAUAAGUUCCUGGCCAACAUUUGUUUUGGUUGGGCCUAGUGGCAAGAUUUUGGCACAGAUUUCUGGUGAAGGUCAUCGAAAGGAUCUUAAUAGUUUGGUGGAGGCAGCCCUUUUAUUUUAUGGUGAAAAGAAGGCAUUAGAUGAACGCCCAAUUCCAUUGGCAUUAGAAAGGGAGCGUAGUCCACAAUUGCUUUUAUCACCACUAAAAUUUCCUGGAAAAUUGGCAGUGGACGUCUUGAAUAAUAGACUUUUCAUUUCAGACAGUAACCAUAAUCGUGUGGUAGUGACAGAUUUAAAUGGGAAUUUUGUUCUUCAAGUUGGGAUAGGAGUUGAAGGCCUGAGUGAUGGGACGUUUGUUAGUGCCACCUUCAAUCGCCCUCAAGGGCUAGCUUAUAACCCAAAGAAAAAUUUGUUGUAUGUUGCAGAUACUGAAAAUCAUGCUUUAAGGGAAAUUGAUUUUGUUAACGAGACAGUAAGGACACUUGCUGGAAAUGGUACCAAAGGUUCUGAUUACAAGGGUGGUGGAAGGGGAAGCAAUCAGGUGCUUAACUCCCCCUGGGAUGUUUGUUUUGAGCCAAGCACUGAACUGCUUUACAUAGCUAUGGCUGGGCAGCAUCAAAUUUGGGUGCAUGAUACACGAGAUGGUGUUACUAAAUCUUUUAGUGGUGAUGGUUUUGAGCGAAAUCUGAAUGGUUCCAGUCCACUGAGCACGUCAUUUUCCCAGCCUUCUGGACUAACAUUGUCUCGCGACUUGCAGGAAAUAUAUAUUGCUGAUAGUGAAAGCAGUUCCAUCAGAGCGUUAGAGUUGAGAACUGGAGGGUCAAAGCUGCUUGCUGGUGGUGAUCCAUUUUUUCCUGAAAACCUCUUUAAGUUUGGAGACCAAGAUGGUAUAGGUUCGGAAGCACUUCUCCAGCAUCCCCUAGGCAUUUCCUGUGGACAGGAUGGUCUAAUUUAUAUUGCAGAUUCUUACAAUCACAAGAUAAAAAGGUUGGACCCUUUCAAGAGACAAGUUGUCACACUGGUAGGGACAGGUAAUGCAGGCUUCAAGGAUGGACCUGGCCGUUCUGCACAGCUUUCAGAGCCAUCCGGGAUUGUUGAAGUGGGAACAGGGAAGUUUCUUGUUGCGGAUACAAAUAACAGUCUCAUCAGAUGUCUUGAUUUGAAUGGAAAAGAACCCAUUCUUCAGACGUUAGAGCUGAAGGGUGUCCAGCCACCGUCAUCCAAACCGACAUCGUUGAAGCGCUUAAGGAGACGGUCAUCAGUUGACACACGUACAAUUGCAGUGCAAAGCAUCUCUUCCAAGGAAGGCAACCUUAAAUUGAAGAUAUCAGUCCCACAAGGUUAUCAUUUCUCGAAGGAAGCACGCAGUAAGUUUGAAGUGGAUGUGGAGCCUGAAGAUGCCUUAGUGGUAGAACCGCUGGAAGGAUUUCUCAGCCAAGAAGGAUAUGCGUCACUAUCCUUCAAGAGAGCGUUGGUUUCACCAGCUAAAGCAAGGGUAAUCUGCAAGGUUUACUUCUGCAAAGAGGAUGAGGUUUGCUUAUACCAGUCAGUUACCUUUGAAGUACCCUUUGAAAGCGUGACAGAGGGCCCUAAUGCAGAAGCAACGCUGUCCACGACUGUAAAGCCAAGGUCCUCAUCAGGUAGCCUGCAACCAGCAUUCGCAAGUUGAUUCAAUUCCACAUUUAUUAUAGUCUUAUUUGUGACAUUUUUCUCUGAAACUUAAAACAUAAUAUAAUGAAACUCGAAACCUACCUCACGGAAGAACUGUAUAUAACAUAAGGGGAUCAAAAGGUCCAAGUUGCUUAUUUGUA